CCACCAACGACCCAUUUGAAUCUUUUGUUGAUCAGCGUCGGCUCUCUGUUUUGGGGGGUGGUGUUCAUAAGCGCGGCGCUUUUUUGGGUUUGCCCAAUCAUGCACAUCAAACAGAUUAUAAUUCAAGGGUUCAAGUCCUACAAGGAUCAGACGGCACUGGAACCCUUUAGUCCAAAACUCAAUGUCGUCGUCGGACGCAAUGGUUCUGGCAAGAGCAACUUUUUUUGGGCUAUUCGGUUUGCUUUGAACGAUGCAUAUAGCCACAUGACCCGCGAGGAGCGCCAGUCCUUGCUACAUGAAGGAACUGGGCCUGCUACACUCUCUGCGUUUGUGGAAGUCGUUUUUGACAACACAGACCAGCGAUUUCCGACUGGAAAGGACGAGGUAGUCUUGCGUCGUACAAUCGGCUUAAAGAAAGAUGAAUAUGCACUGGACAAGAAGAGCGUUACGAAAACAGAAGUCAUGAGUUUGUUUGAAACCGCGGGAUUCUCGCGAUCCAAUCCGUAUUACAUUGUACCUCAAGGAAGGAUCACAGCGCUCACAAAUGCAAAAGACGCAGAACGCCUUCAGCUUCUGAAAGAAGUUGCGGGAACGCGGGUAUAUGAACAACGUCGCGUGGAGAGUUUGAAAAUUAUGGAGGAAACAGACUCGAAGCGUUCCAAGAUUGAUCAGCUCCUUAAUUAUAUUGAAGAACGGCUGGCCGAACUGGAGGAGGAAAAGGAAGAACUCAAACAAUAUCAAGAGCAGGACAGAGAACGACGAUGUCUUGAGUAUACCAUUUAUAGCCGUGAGCAAUCAGAAGUCAACGAGAACCUCGAAGAGCUUGAAGAAGCGAGACGCAAUGAGGUUGACGAGUUAAAUCAACGGCAAAGUCAGUCGAAUGACCGGGAAGGGAUCGUCACGAAUAUGGAGCGCACCAUACGCGACGUUAAGAAGAAGGUGGAUAUGCUGAGUGUUGAGCGAGAGCAAAUUGACGAUGAUCGGAAUGAGCAAAUCAAAGCCAAGGCUCACUUGGAAUUGAUCAUCAAAGACAGCGAAGAAAACGUAUCGACAAACCUUCAAGCCAAAGAACGGUUAACCCAAGACCUUCAUACCUUGCGAGAAAAAAUUGCUGAGAAGGAAAGAGAGUUAGAUGAAGUCAGCCCGUCGUUCAAUGAAGCUUUAACACUUGAAACCACUUUGAAGGAAAGAUAUGAAGCGGCGGAACUUGAACGAGACACAUUGUACUCGAAACAAGGCCGCAACGCCCAAUUUCGCACGAAAGCGGAACGGGAUGCCUACCUCCGAAAAGAAAUCAAGAAUGUGCAAGACACUAUCACUAGCCAAAGCCAGCAAGUGACGCAGCUUGAGCAGGAAGUGGUUGUUUCACGACGUCGCUUAGCGGAGAUUGACACUGGAAUUGAGGAAACACGACAACAUUUGGAGGAUCGUAAGCAGAAGCUAACUGACAUAGAUCAGCAAAUUCUAGAGCUUCGCAGACAACGCAAUCAGUUGGAUGAACGACGAAGAGAGCUCUGGCGAGAUGAGAGCAAGCACAGUGCCUCCGCUCAGACCGCCAAAGAGGAACUGGAUCGAUGUGAAAGAAUCCUCUACUCUAGCAUGGAUAGGGUCACCGGAGAAGCGCUUAGAGCGCUGAAACGAAUAACCGAGCGUCUGAAUCUGCAAGGAGUAUAUGGCCCUCUGUAUGAGCUCUUUGAAAUCGAUGAUCGUUACAAGACCGCUGUUGAAGUCAUCGCGGGAGGAAGUCUAUUCCACGUAGUAGUCGAUAACGAUGACACUGCCAGCCGCAUCGUAGAACAGUUGAAUCGUGAGAAAUGCGGGCGACUGACCUUGAUGCCGUUGAAUCGUUUGAAGCCUCGGAUCCCUCAGUAUCCAGAUGCGAGGGAUGCUGUUAUCAUGGUGCAAAAAUUGCAGUUUGAUCGGACAUUUAAACCAGCCUUUGACCAAGUUUUCGGCAAGGCAAUCAUUUGCCCAUCAUUGGAGAUUGCAUCUGCAUAUGCACGGUCGCAUGGAUUGAAUUCUGUCACGUUGGAUGGGGAUCGCGCAGACCGAAAGGGUGCGCUCACUGGGGGUUAUAUGGAUCAUCGUCGUGCCCGUUUGGAGAACAUCAAGAAGCUUAAAAAAUUCCGAGAAACAUAUGCUGAAGAUGAACGUGCGGCUUCAAGGCUGCGGGACGAGAUAACAAAAAUUGAACAAGAAAUCACACGAACGCGAGAUCAGCUUGCCCAGCUGGAUGCGCGUCGAAAACAGACUAUGGAUUCUCGAGAGCCUCUAAUGAAUGAGAUCAAUGCAAAGUUGAGGGAAAAGUCCACUUUGGAGGAGCUGAUUGCACGCAAGGAGAGCUCUUUGCAAAGUCUUCAAGGCAGCGUCAGAAACCUCACAACUCAACUACAAACGUAUGAAGCAGAACUCAAAACUCCAUUCACAAAGACCUUGACAAAUCAAGAGCAAGCUCGAUUGGAUGAGGUUAAUGCGGCGGUGGAGGAGCUUCAGCAGCAACUAAGGGAAGCUUCGAAAAGGAGGGCCAGUUUGGAGUCACGGAAAACCAUUCUCGAAAUUGAACUCAACACGAACCUGCGACGAAAGCGGGACGAUGCAGUUGCGCAGCUUGAAAAUGCCAGCUUUGAAGGCGAAGUCGGAGUGCAGCUUCGCAGCCGACAGCAAGAGUUGGCAACUGUUGAAAAGGCUAUUGAGCGAGCGGCACGACGACUUGAAGAAAUCGAAGCCGAGAUGGAAGAGCAAACUGUUACUCUUCAAGAGCAGACACAAGCGCUGGAAACAGCGAGGACAGAACAACAACAAGAACGCAGAGUGUUGGAGCGCCAAAGAAUAGUGGUUGAGAAGUAUAUUUCGAAAAAGGCCAGUUUGUUGAAACGCAAGGAAGAAUGCAUCAAAAAUAUUCGUGAUCUUGGCGUUCUUCCUGAGGAAGCAUUUGAAAAGUAUCAAAACGCCCCUACGAAGACGCUGCUGAAAAAACUUCAUCAAGUCAAUGAAGCACUGAAAAAGUACUCUCACGUGAAUAAGAAGGCUUUUGAGCAAUACGGAAAUUUUGCAAAACAACGCGACCAGUUGGAAGUCAGAAAGGAAGAGCUAGACAAAUCUGCCGGGGCUAUAGAGGACUUGAUCAAAAAUCUGGAUCAGCGGAAAGAUGAAGCGAUCGAGCGGACCUUCCGGCAAGUGGCCAAGUACUUUCAAGAAGUGUGGAGCAAACUUGUUCCAUCCGGACGGGGGGAAUUGAUCAUGUUGAGAAGAGCAGAUGGGAGCUCUCAAACCCAAGACGAUAAUGACGAAAACGGCUCAGAUCAGGAGGAAUCCAGUAGUUCCACGACCUCAAAGGCAGGACGUGCCCAUAGCAUCAUUGACCAAUACACUGGCAUUUCCAUCUCUGUCUCAUUCAAUUCGCCCACCGACGAAGGACUUCGUAUGCCUCAGCUCUCUGGGGGACAAAAGUCUCUGGUGGCUCUUGCCCUUAUUUUUGCCAUUCAGCGAUGUGAUCCGGCACCCUUUUAUUUGUUUGAUGAGAUUGAUGCGGCGCUUGAUGCGCAGUAUCGAACUGCUGUUGCCGCUAUGAUCAAUGAGCUAUCUUCAUCAGCCCAAUUCAUUGUCACGACCUUCCGACCCGAACUUUUGGCCUAUGCAGACAAGUGUUAUGGAGUAACGUUUGUUAAUAAGGUCUCGAGGAUUCAGAGCAUUACUAGGGAUGAUGCGUUAAAGUUUGUAGAAGAGACGGCGGCUGGUGCUCAGUAGACUCGCGGGUUUUUGGCGUCAACCUAUGGAAGGAAUUUGGGUUUUAUUUUUUGCAAUAGCUGUUUGUUGGGGAUGUAUAUAGUACUGUGUUCGGAAGGGUUUCUUUUUAUUUAUGGCUGAUUAGGGUUGGGGGAUCCCAAAGCAAAUGUUACUCAUUUCGGCAAAAACAUAUCUGGUCGCAAAACAAAAAGAAUGUUGCUCUCACUGCAAAAUUAAGGAUACGAAAUGCAAUAAUGAUUAUGAUACUCAAUCC